AUGAGCGGGGCAGCCCUGGGCCUGGAGAUAGUGGUGGUGUUUGUCCUGGCUCUGUUCCUCCUACAUCGUUAUGCAGACUUCCGGAAGCAGCAGAGAAUGGUGCUGUUUGGCACCCUGCUGGCCUGGUACCUGUGUUUCCUCAUUGUCUUCAUCCUUCCUCUGGACAUCAGCACGACAAUCUACAAGCAGUGUAAAAUUGAUCAUGAGGAGCACGCCACUGUACCCCCUGUGACCCCGCUGCUAUCCAAUCAAACCGCAGGAAACUCCACUUCGGUUACACCCACUAAAAGCAUUCCCAAGGUGUGUUACAAACCGUGGAGCUACAUUCCGGAUGGGAUAAUGCCUGUGUUCUGGAGGGUUGUUUACUGGACAUCUCAGUGUCUCACAUGGCUGCUGCUGCCCUUCAUGCAGUCCUAUGCUCGCUCGGGGGGGUUUUCCAUCACUGGGAAAAUAAAGACGGCGCUGAUCGAGAAUGCUAUUUAUUACGGAACGUACCUGCUCAUCUUCGGCUCGCUGCUCAUUUAUGUGGCCGUCCAUCCUCAGCUGCAGCUGUCCUGGUACGAGCUGCAGACGAUAGGCAUCACUGCAGCCAACACCUGGGGCCUGUUCCUGCUGGUGCUGUUGCUGGGUUACGGCCUGGUGGAGAUACCGCGCUCCUAUUGGAACGCCUCGAGGCGGGGACACCUGCUCAUCAAGACGUACUUCAAGGCAGCCAAGCUGAUGACCGAGAAGGCUGACGCUGAGGAGAACCUGGAGGAUGUCAUGGAGGAAGUAAGGAAAGUUCAAGAGUCCAUCAAAUAUAACCACCCAUUGAGGAAGUACAUUGACACUAUUUUAAGGAAGUGUCCUGUGGACUAUCAGGAGAAGAUGGGUAGAAAUAUGGAUGACUAUGAGGACUUUGAUGACAAACAGAACACCUAUCCCAGUGAGAAGAGCCUGGUGAAGCUUCACAAACAGGUAAUUUACGCUGUGCAGAGACACAACAGGACCCGUGUCCAGUGGCAGAUCCUCUUACAGCAGGCUAUCCACCUGGAGGACGUGGCCAAGAAUGAGACCAGUGCAACCCACCAGUUUGUCCACAGCUUCCCCUCCACUGAACCAACCAGCUGGUUCAGCCGAUACCUUUACACUCCGACUGUAGAGUGGUUCUGGGAGUGCCUGCUCCGGCAGUGGUUCUACCGGCUGCUGGCCGUGUUUCUCUCUCUAUUCUCGGUGGCGGUGGUGUGGUCCGAGUGCACCUUCUUCAGCACUCAGCCCGUCCUCUCGCUCUUCGCAGUCUUCAUCCAGCUCGCUGAGAGGGACUACAACUACCUCUACAUCGAGAUGGCGUGCUUCAUCACCAUCUUCUUCCUGUGCACGUGUGUUUACUCCACUGUGUUCCGGAUUCGAGUGUUCAACUACUACUACCUUGCCUCACACCACCAGACUGAUGCCUACAGCCUGCAGUUCAGCGGCAUGCUUUUCUGCCGUCUGACCCCUCCUCUGUGUCUGAACUUCCUGGGUCUGAUCCACAUGGACUCUGCUAUCUCCCACCAGCAGAAGGAGCAGACCGCCUAUACCUCGAUCAUGGGUUCCAUGAGGGUUCUGUCGUUCAUCGCGGACGGCUUCUACAUCUACUACCCCAUGCUAAUACUGCUGCUCUGCAUCGCUACCUACUUCAGCCUCGGCACUCGCUGUCUCAACCUCCUGGGCUUCCAGCAGUUCGUAGGAGACAACGAAAUGACCUCGGACCUGAUCGAUGAGGGCAAAGAGCUAAUUCGAAGAGAGAAAAGAAAGCGCCAACGGAUAGAGGAUAGAGAGAACCGACGAAGGGAUUGGAAGGAGCGCUAUGGUAACUCACGGGAAGACUACACCACAAGGAACAGGAGUAGAAAUGAGGCAGCCGAAAUGACAGAGACCAACUACUCCGACACUGCCCCCGUCCCCAUCCCCAACCCCAGCAGACAGGCGAAGUACUCUCGGACUGGCAGGGGGACAGAGAGAGACUCUAUAGAACUUCUCCAGGACGCAGAACCUUUGGACUUCAAUGCAGAGACACUUUCAGAUGACCCUCUAGAAACAGAUUCUACCAGGCAUGUACCUGGAAGGUACCUGUCCAUGUCCUCAUCACGGAGCAGGAUCUUUGAUGACGUUUGAGUGAAGUGGAGGGAAAGUCAAAGGAGCAGAAAUGUAAAAAAAGUGUAUAUACAGAUCUAUAUAUCCAUGCAUCUGUUUUACAUGGAAGACUAUGUGAAGGAAAGACUCUCUCGUUCCUCUUUGAAUGUUGCACAUGACCUCUAUUUCCCACUGCGCUGAUGACCUGAUUCCAGCACGGCCCCUUUCCAGUUGCUUGUGGCCUGUUAGAAAAGUCCAGCGGCUGUUGAUAUAUUCUUUCCAAUUAGGCAGCUAUCAGUUGUCCCGUGCAAGCCAGUGUUAAGCAUGUGAUGAAUGGCGACCCAUACACCACUUGGGCUUAUCAUUGUUUCUCAGCUGUUAAUUCGUCAAACUGGUUUGUCAUUUUAGUUAUUACUUAUGAAAUUCCCUUCAAGGUCCUCAGUUCAUUUGAAAUCUUUAAGAUAGUCAGAUUGAAGAACUAAUAUUACUAUUUAAGGAUCUUUUUGGAGGAAGAUAUUUUUAAUGAAUGAAGUAGAAUUUAUUUCUUCAACAAAAACAAAUAGUGGAACACAUGAUACAUAUUUCAAUCAAUUAAUAUGGUAUUAUGGAAGGCACAAAGGAACAUUUCCUGGGUCUGUUUCUGCAGCUGCUACCAUAGAAACUGAGGACAGGAAACAGUCCUAUUUCAUGUGCAUUAAGUGUGAUCCAGUCCACACUUAACUGAAUUAACACAUGGGGUUUGCAUUGCCCACAGAUCUGAAUCCUUACUUGUGAUGGAUGUCAUUAACUUCAUUUCUUUUUCUGUGGAAGUGCACUGAUGUCCGAUUUGUGCUAACUGGAUCUAAAAUUGGAAUUGAGCCCUGAUGCUGGAGAUGUUGCUACUAAUGAGCUGAUGAUAAAAAUAAAAUUACCAUUGUGAGGUAUACUACAUUUUAUGUCUAAUGUCAGAAUUACCUUAAAGGUAUGUUUGAGAAUUGUUAAAUUCAGUUUAGUUCUAUUUGAGUUGCAAUAUUGUGUCAUGACAUUGACAUUAGUAACGCCUUAUUUAUUGUUAAAAGAAUCUCCUGAAGUAUUUUGGGGGUAUUAUGGUGCCAUAGUUUUCUUUUUUGGUUUAAUCAACUGCAUUACUAAAAUUGCAAAUAUGCAUUUUCCAAUAAUAUUUUUUUGUUAAGCUACUUGGCUCAAUCAAAACAAGUGACCUUGAUGUCCUGCAUUUAUAUAUUUAGUCUCAAAUUUAUUAAGAGGUCUUGGCACGUACAGCACAAGAUUAUAACAUCUGUGAAAUACUGUAAAUUCCUAACAUCUUUUACUGGAGGGUUUCAACCGUAAACUGCACACUUUGUCAGCAGAAGUUACUACUGUUUGAGAAUGAACAUGCACACGCAAGAGCAUGCAGGUUAAAUGCAUGAUAUUCAUCUUGGAAGGAGUUCUACAAUCAUGAAUAAUGUAAUCUGCUGUAAAUACUAUUUUAAAUGCUACCAGUCACCUUCUGCUCUCGGUGUCCAUGUCAAUGAUGCACUAAUGUAUUUUAAGUUAAGAUGUCUUUUGUUUUUGUAUGGUUCUAUUAAUAUAGUGGACAAUGGUCAAAACAUGUACAACAUGCUAUUUAUUUGUAAAUGAACAAAUUUGUUAACAAUAUCCCAUUACAGAGUAAAACAGUGUCAUGUCUUGGGGUUAGAUGCCCCUUUAACUUUAAUCUCUUUGUAAAGGUAGAAAAUGAAAGUUCCUAAUUAUACAAUAUACUGUAGUGUUUGUGAGAGGCAACCAAUCUCACACUGGUUUUGGUAAAGAUGUUUUAUGUACAUUUGAAAUAUGUUAGUACAGUAAUUUCACUCUGCUGGAAUGUUAAUUUAUUAAACCCUGGUGUUGGUUCAGUUUUCCCUAUAUCAGAAUAAAAGAACAUACUUUAUAUAUUGUGUUGUGGAACAAAAUAAAAGCAUCUUUAAGUGA